UUUUAGACUUUUCUUUUUGAUUAUGAUUAAGUAUGAGUGUUUUAUAUGAAAAUGAUAAUGCUAUUUUUAUUUCACACGAAAAAUAUAUUAAAACGAUUUAUGAAUCCGUAGAAAAAGACGGUAAUGUUGUUUCGUAUCAAGCGAACGAGGAUCUUUUUAACAUCUCCCAUCCCUAUGUUAAUAAGAAAAUUGUAAAGAAGAAAGGUGAUGACACUAAAGAAGAUACCAAAGAAAAAUUUCAAGAACUUACUUGUUCGAUAGGAAGAAUUAAAUCAAUAUAUGAGAUGGUCAAGAAAGAAUUAAUUGAAAGGAGUAUUCUUUUGGUAAACCUAAAUGAUUAUGACGCUAAAGGAAACGAAACUGCCUUAAAAUUAUCUGAUAUGAUUUAUAGAGAAUCAUCGGAAUGUGAUAUAGAGGGAAUAAAAGGAGAGAAUCAAAAAGAUGUGGCUAUAAAUGUUACGUUAAAAAAUACCGAGUUCUUAUUUCCAAAGGAUUGUAAAUUUUAUUGUUCUAAUGUAAAUGUGAUAGGUGAUAAAUUAGGUUUUGAUAAUAUAUUUGAUUUAGUAAUAAUUGAUCCACCCUGGUGGAAUAAAUACGUAAGACGUAAAAGAAAAAAGUCUAAUGAUGGUUAUAACAUGCUGUACAACAACAAUUUGUUGGAUAUUCCUAUUGAAUCGUUAAUUCAUGAUGGAAGUUUAAUUGUGGUUUGGUGUACUAAUGCUAAAUCAAAUAUAAAUAGUCUUAAAAAUGAUAUUUUCAAAAAAUGGGGUGUGGAAUAUUUUGCAACUUGGUUUUGGUUAAAGAUUACUAAGAAAGGUGAAACAAUUUGCAAUUUUUCUGAACCACCCGGUAAACAACCAUUCGAACAAAUUUUAUUUGCUGCUAGAGAUGUCACUAAAUUUUCGUCAAUAAUGGAUGGAAAAGUUGUUGUUAGUGUUCCAAGUGCACUUCAUUCACAUAAACCACCUUUAAAUGAUGUUUUACAAAAAUUUCUUCCAAAAAAUCCAAAGUGUUUAGAAAUUUUUGCAAGAUACCUACUUCCAAAUACAACUAGUUAUGGAUUAGAAGCCAUAAAAUUCCAACACAUUUCACUUUAUAAGGAACAGUCUGAAUAAAUCAAAGGUGUUUUUUUAAAACAUAAAUUAUUUUAUUAUUUUUAUAUUACAUUGAAGAAUAGGAAUUUUAUU